AUGCUUAUUUUAAAUAUUCGUGCUGCAGGAAUGUGCAAUGGUGAUCGUAAUACUUAUGCAACAUAUUGUAAUACACGUAAGGUAAAUUCAAUGCAAGAUGCCGUGAGUUGUAUAAAUAGAUUGCCUUCUGUUACUGGAUUGGCAUGGGGUUGUGUCAAUGCACAAUCUAGAAAAUGCAAAUGUACAGUUGAUACGUCCUAUCAGAAUGAUUGGGCACAUACAUUCUCAGAGGCAAAAAACAAUUUAUUCAAAGGAUGUUCAAAUAGUAUCGAAGCAGAACGAUAUGAAGGAAACAUGUAUUUAACAUAUACAUGCAGUACAUGA